GGGUUUUGGUUGGAGUCAAAGAUAAUGAAGAAUAAUGAUGGGCAGCUAAAAGGUGGAGGUUUUACUAUUCCUUAUCACCACCCUAUGAUCACCCACCACCAAGGUUGGAAUAAUGGAAGUAUAUCCAUUACUGAAAAUCAUGUUUCACCACAGUCAAUAUUGUUUCCUAAGAAGCUGUGUUUCUUGGAGAGUGAAUUGAAUGCAAAGAAAGAUGAGUUAUUGUUUGUCCAAAAAGCCCUACAAGUACAAACACCCCCAUUUGAUCAUUUGCCAGCAGAUUACAAGAGAAUUAAGUUGCAGGUACCAUUACCAAUAAGGAGAAGUCAAAAGCUUAGCGAUAAAAUUACUGCCCUUCAAAAGCUCGUUUCCCCUUACGGCAAGACUGAUACUGCAUCAGUUCUUCAAGAAGCCUAUCUUUAUAUCAAAUUCAUUCAACACCAUAUUCAGACUAUACUUCAAAUGCAGAGUAGUUCAUAUAAAAGCCAAAAUCCUGAGGGAAAUGAUGAAGAGAAGAAAGGAAUUCUAAGAAGUGAAGGAUUAUGUGUGGUUCCUUUGAGUUUUACUAAACCACAUAUAUGAUAAUCCAACUUCAAAGUUCAAACCCCAUCAUUUUAUAUAUCAUUUUGUACCCCUAAAUUGCCACUAUCAUGUAUCCAAAACCCCUAUUCAUUAGUAUUCAUUCUCAAUUUCUCUGCU